CUGUCAAUCACAUCACGACAAUUUUGUCAAAAUCAAUAUAAGCCGUAGUCUCAAACCUCCUCCCAGCCAUCCACUUGACCACUUCAUCUUCCCAGAAUCCUCAGUCCUCUGAACAUGAGGAUCAUCCUUCAUGAUGAGAGACAUUGUUGACCUACCACACGAUCUCUUCCUCCUCGUCAUCUCUUACCUCUCUCCCAGAACAUGCGUCCUCUCUCGCUCUGUCUCUCGAAGAUGGCACGCCGCCUUCACCGACGAACAUAUUUCGUAUCUCUUGAUGCGAUGGAACUUCCCACAAUGUCGUGAGAUGCGUCUGACGUCAACCACUGCCUUACUACCAUCGGCAUCAACUUCAGACUUUGACAACAUCAACAGCAAUCUCGCCAUCGAGAUAUCAUGUACUUCUCGUAACCUCCCACCAUGGCCCGAGACUUUUGCUCUCGUGGCCAGACGCUAUCAUCAUCUCUGUCAAGGCUCAGCCCGAGUUGUUGAGAAGCUUCAGAUGACUCGGCCAAGCCGUGAAAAUACUGGGCCCUCCCCAUUCUCUUUCAAGGGAGUCGCUCCUUGGAACCGUUUCCUGCGUCUGGAGGAAAAGACGGCCGAGUUUCAUUACCCCGAUCCCGCGUGGUGGUACAGUCAAGAAGACGGAGUGCUGGUCUACCCAGCAGAAGUCCGUGACAGGCCCAAUACUCCAUCAUCAGAUCCAGCCCAUGGAUAUGUUUAUCAAAUCUUCGACCCAGCGACUGGAUCCCAAAUCCCUGUUCCGUUCGAUGUACGCCGUAAACAUAUCCGUCGAGUCCGCCUCGCCCAGGGGGUUCUGAUAUUCGAAUGGGCUGAAGAGCAUCCAUACCACCAGCUCAAUGACAGAGAGGUUGUCCAUCGGCAUUUUGUGACUACUUUCGACGUCGUCCGAACACCGUCUCCAUCUGCCUGGACGUGGACCAUCCAAUUCCGAUCAGAAUGGAAGCUACAUUUCCUUGGUCUUCCCAUAAACCGAUCCGACCGCUUCUUCUCCGCCCACACAGCCACACACUACGCCGUUUACUUCUGGCAACCCAACCGCUCGUUGUACCAGGAUGAUCCCAUCGAACAACUCGCUGUCUGGGACAUUUCCUUGCCAAGUCCAUACCGUCCAUCCGAGGAUCCUACAGGACACAACCGGCCACCAGUCGGUAAUCGGACGACUUCCAUGUCUGCUGGCUUGUGGAACGGAGGGGGGACCCACACGACGACCACAACAACGACAGCGGCCGGAGAAGCAAGAAAGGACGCCAGCCCCGAACCAGAUCGCAUUCCAGCAACCAACGGUCCCCAAGUAAUCCGCCGCAUGGCCUGGCGUGAACUCGACUUCUACGGCGUACGGCAGCGCGCCAACCCACAGCUACGUGAUCUGUCGCUCGACGAUCGGAACCUCUAUUUCAUCGAGGAAGAACACCGCUGGGCCGAGGGCCAACAUUCCUCUCUUAGUCCGCCUCGCGUUCACCAUGUCAAGUGCACGGGUAUUCCUAUUGUGCCUUGCACGCCGGCUGUUCCUAUCCCUUUGUUGUCAUCUGUCAAGAAGGGUGCGGAGCAAGGGGCUAAGCCGUCUCAUGCGCAUUACUACCAGGCUCUUUUCACUUCAACAAACAAUGACGCUGUGUAUGGGCCAGUAUGGGUGGACCAGUGUGGUGCAGAUGGGGAUGUGAAUAUGUCCUUUUGUCAACGGGCACAUCAUUCCACUUCCAUCUCUCCACUCACCUCUUCAGCCUCCCCGUCAUCCUCCUCCUUCUUUUCCACGACACCUCAGGCCCAAGACGGGCAACAACUUCCCCCCUCCCCACCCCUCUCCCCCUCCUCCUCCUCCUCCUCCUCAUCCCGCUCCUUCCACACCCUCCUCUCCGACCAACAAGCCCUCCUGCAUCACCUCCUCCGCUCCCGUCCCCCUUCUCCCUCUUCCCAAUCCUUCAACUUCUCUAUGCCCCCCGACUCCCGCCGCACAUACCAGCAAUCCUUGGAGGAUCUCUUAAAGGCAAGUAACCAGCAACGUUUUCCCGGCCUCGCCCCCUGCUGGCGCCACGAAGAUUUCCCCUACCUGACCGUCGCAGAAAUGGUCGAUUUCGCUGCGGGGGUGAGGAUCACGGCCAGGCAUUGUUUCAUGUUGGAGACUGUUAGUGUUUGUGUGAGGAAUGCUUGUAUUUCUGUGAAGCCUGGUUUGCCUUUGCACACGGAGGUUGGGGGGAAGGAGGAUGAUAAUAACAAUAACAAUAAUAGAAGAAGUGAGAGGAAGAAGGAGAAUAGGAAUAAGGGACAUAAGGCCGGAGGGGAGGGAUCAAAGAGAGGGAGAGGUGAAGAAGUGCAGUUUGCGGAUGAAAUGUGGAGCCAGUUGGUGGGUAGGAGGGGAUAUCUGGCGGGUGAUGAGAGGUGGGUGCUGGGAGAGGAUGAGGAGGGAAGGAUUACUGUUGUCAGGUUUUAGACUAGUAGUUUUUCCACGUUGGGCUGUUGUGGUUAUGGCGCUUGGCUUUUCGUCCUCUUUUUUCACUUUUUUUCUUUCGCAUUGGGCAUCAAUUGAUACACUAAAAGUGACGGUGUUAUGGGUGGAAUACACGGACAAAACAGUUGAUAAGACAGGAUGAAACAGAAUAUACGUAAGGGAGUUCGGUAGAAUACGGUAGAUUUCAAGCAUCGGUACAGGUAGCUUUGGGUGGCUUGUCCUUUGCGACAUAUUCCAAUACAUCACUUACGCCUCUACUGUUUCUCAGAAAGACACACACAAUGCAUGACUGGCCAAG